GAGUCACUCAGUCUAUAGCUCCACUAGUCGUCCAGCCAAGCACUGAGGCAGUGGUCCCGGAGGAACCUGCUGAAGAGACGGGGGAGACAGCGACAGUGAUAGUGCCAAUUACCGUCAACGACAGUGAUUCAGAGGAAAUGUCUCCCCUUCAUCUUCUUCUCCAGCAGUUCUCAUGCAUCCCAAGGAUCCUCCCAUCCCUAACAACCCCAUUAUCAAUCCAGGCAGAGCCGAGUUUAGGGAACUUGAUGAAAUGCUCGAUAUUGGAGGGGAAGGUCUCUGAGAAAGCACUAAGAGUGGCUCGACGACAAGGAGCUCAGAG